AUGGAUUCCACGGAGCUAAAACGUGUGUUCCAAAUGUUCGACAAGGACGGAGACGGGCGGAUCACGAAGAAUGAGCUAAACGAGUCAUUAAAAAACCUCGGGAUCAUAAUACCCGAAAACGAGCUAACACAAAUGAUCGAGAAGAUCGAUGUGAAUGGUGACGGAUAUGUUGACAUUGAAGAGUUUGGAGAGCUUUACAAAACGAUAAUGGUGGAAGACGAGGACGAGAUAGGAGAAGAAGAUAUGAAAGAAGCGUUCAACGUUUUCGAUCGGAACGGAGAUGGGUUUAUUACAGUGGAUGAAUUGAAAGCGGUUUUGUCUUCCUUGGGACUCAAGCAAGGUAAAACCUUGGAGGAAUGUAGGAAGAUGAUAAUGCAAGUGGAUGUUGAUGGUGAUGGUAGGGUUAAUUACCAGGAGUUUAGUCAAAUGAUGAAAAAAGAUCGGUUUUUUAGCUCGUUGAGCUGA